AUGCUAACUGAUUCUCAGGAUGGGUUCAAGCCGGCGAGCGCCUGGGUCGGCCACGGCAUUGCCUGGCUGGAGGAUAUCCAGCAGUUUUACCGCGAGCGCUCUCUUAUCGAGAAGGAGUACAGCGCCAAGCUGAGCGCCUUGGCCAAGAAGUACUUUGAAAAGAAGAAUAAGAAGUCGUCGCAGCUGAGCGUAGGUGAUACGCCUGCAUUGACGCCUGGGUCGCUCGAGAGUGCUUCGCUCACCACCUGGUCGACUCAACUCACAACCCUCGAAUCCCGAGCUGCCGAGCACGACAAGUAUGGCAACCUCCUCGUCUCACAAGUUGCCGAACCCCUCAAAUACUACGCGGGCCGUUUCGAAGAGCUGCGCAAGCGACACAUUGAAUACGCCGACAAGCUUGCCGCCGAGCGCGACGCGUCCUACGGCGACCUGCGCAAGGUCAAGGGCAAAUACGACGCCGUCUGUCAAGAAGUCGAGAGUCGGCGCAAAAAAUCAGAGUCGCACUACGACAAGGCCAAGGCCCAGAGCGCCUACCAACAGCAAAUCUACGAAAUGAACAAUGCCAAAAACAGCUAUCUCAUUGCCAUCAACGUCACCAAUAAGCACAAGGAAAAGUACUACCACGAAUAUGUCCCCGAGGUCAUGGACAGUAUACAGGAUCUUAACGAAUUCCGAACGCUAAAGCUGAAUGGGCUGUGGGGAGUCGCUGCUACUUUGGAGGGCACAAUGCUGCGAGAUAGCUCUAGCAUGAUGGACCACUUGGGACAGGAGGUUACCCGAAAUUUGCCGCACCUGGACUCGAUAAUGUACAUGCGACACAACGUGGGGUCCUUCCAGGAGCCCGCGGACAGGGAGUUUGAACCCAGCCCCGUGUGGCACGACGAUGCGACCAUGGUGGUGGACGAGACGGCCAAGAUUUAUCUGCGGAACGUGCUGAGCAAAUCCAAAUCGCAGCUGGGCGAGCUUCGACGGGAGGUGGACAAGAAACGGCGCGAGGUGGAAUCGGUCAAGAAGCUCAAGCAGCGGGUGCGAGACGGGACCGAGAACAAGGACGAGGUGGAAGUGGCGCGCUCGCUCUUCGCCAUGCAAGAAGACCUUCACGCGGCGGACCGACAACGACUAACGGCCGAGGUCGAAACCGGCACCAUUACCGCCGUUGUGGGAGACGUCACCCUCGGAGCAAAGAACCACAACUUCAAAGGGCAGACAUUCAAGAUGCCGACCAACUGCGACCUCUGCGGCGAGCGCAUCUGGGGACUGAGCGCCAAGGGCUUCGACUGCCGAGACUGCGGCUACACCUGCCACAGCAAAUGCGAAAUGAAGGUGCCCGCGGACUGCCCCGGCGAGCAGAACAAGGACGAGCGCAAAAAGCUCAAGGCUGAGCGCCAGGAAGCCGCCAAUCGUCUUGUGGCGCGGGAUCCCGCGGCGCCUUCACACGUCGCGGAUCUGCCCGACCUGACCAGGUCAAACACGAUGAACUCGCUGAGCUCACAUUCAGCCAAGAGAUCGGUAUCCGGCCAAAUCACCCCCGCUGAACUGGAUGCCGGCGAGCCGCCCAUCGCAGCGCGCCCGAGCAUAUCGCCGAAUCCUACAGGCGGCAGCGUCAUCAGCACCACCACCUCGGCCACGGCCGCGACGGGAACGCGGAAGAGAAUGGCCGCUCCGCCCCCAGCUGCGUAUGUUAGCGAACUACCAGGAAGCGGGGUCAAUGGCAACGGACACAAGGAGGAGAGGAAGGGAAAGAUGCUGUAUGCCUUUGAAGCCAGUGGUGACGGGGAGCUGUCGGUGGCCGAAGGCAGGGACGUGACUCUUUUAGAAGCAGACGAUGGCUCCGGCUGGGUCAAAGUGCGGGCCGGCUACAAGGAAGGCAUCGUCCCCACGUCGUAUGUCGAGCUGGCAGCGCCGUCUGUCCCGACGGCCACGCGGCCCGAGUCGACGUACUCGACGUCGACGACGUCGUCGACGGGGCCGGGCGGCAAGAAGAAGGGGCCGGCGGUGGCGCCGCGCCGGGGUGCCAAGAAGCUGAAGUACGUCGAGGCGCUGUACGAGUACGCGGCGCAGAGUGCGGACGAGCACUCCAUGGUGGAGGGGGAGCGGUUCGUGCUCGUCAAGGAGGAUCCUGGGGAUGGGUGGGUGGAGGUUGAGAAGGCUGGCGUUACGGGCAGCGUGCCUGCGAGUUAUGUCCACGUUGUGUAG